AUGGAGGCUCGUGUUUUGAUUAGCUUCUUGCUCUGCUUCAGCAUCUGCUGCGUGGCCGGACGCCCGGCGAAGAAGAAUACGCUUGCUAACGCUCUCUUUAGUGCGUUCGAUUAUGAUUUGAUUGAAAAGUUGCAACCACAUGUAUACGACAAUGACAACAAUUUAGUCAAAUUGACGCUCGAGGACCACGGCGAGAUUGAAGGGUUAACAGACGAUGACAUGGACAAAAAUGUCUUCUUCUAUCUGUACACAUGGAAAAAUCCCACCCAUCCUCAAAUGCUCUACGUCAACGACGAGGAGAUUCUGAAGAACAGCUUCUUCGAUCCGAAGAAACCGACGCGUUUUGUCACUCACGGAUGGAUGAAUUCUUACGAGAGCGAUGCAUGCACUUUGGUGCGCGAUGCUUACUUGAAACACGACGACUACAACGUCAUCGUGAUCGACUGGAGCAACAUCAGCAUGAAGCUGUACAUCUGGGCUAGCAGUCAUGUGGAAGCGGUCGGGAAAUUUGUCGCUUCUAUGAUCAGAUUUCUUGAGAAACAUGGAAUGGAUACGUCCCAGGCUACAAUGGUCGGACACUCGCUUGGCGCCCACGUAGUCGGAAUAGCCGCGCACAAUUCCAACGGCCGAGUCAAUUACGUCGUCGGACUGGACCCAGCCCUGCCCGGUUUCCUCUUGGCUGGCCCCGGGUCCAGGAUAUCGAAGAACGACGCGAGUCAUGUCGAGAUCAUCCACACUAACGGUGGUCUUCUCGGUUUCAUGUCUGACAUCGGCCAUUCCGACUUCUAUCCUAACGGGGGAAGCAGCCAGAAAGGCUGUGGCUUGGACGUCGGCGGCGCGUGUUCUCAUUCACGCUCGUACAUGUUCUUUGCCGAGUCCGUCAACAGCCCGGUAGGUUUCGUCGGCACCCAGUGUGAUUCCUUCUUGUCUUACAUGCUGGGCUGGUGCGACAAGCAGCCGAAAUCUAUAAUGGGCGGUCCCAAGACGGCCUUCAACGACGGCAUCUAUUACUUGAUGACGAAAUCGUCGUCGCCAUUCGCGAAGGGGAAGUAACUCACGGGCAAUUCUGCGAUCUGAGGAAAACGGCUCUAGGUAGUUCGCGCUCAUCUUCACGUCCGUCGCGAACGUUUGCGCCUCCUGCACUCGGACUUUCACCGCGGCAACGGGAAAGAUCCGCGCCGGGCUAAACUCUCUUCUCCCGGCGAUCGAUUGGUCGCGUUUGGGCGCGGUACGUAAUUUUCUUUUCUUUCGCAGCGGACGUCGCAAACUUCUUCCUCGUCGCACGCGGCUCUCGCUCCGGAUGUUUUCGCACUGUCUGAAUCCACGGAAGUAGCCCGAUUGCAGCUUAUUGCAGCUGACCGGAUACGCGAAACGUGUCUCGCGCGAAAGACUCUUUUCUCGUUUUUCCUCGUCGCCGAGCCAAUUCUCCGCGCGCGGCGCGGCGCGUAAACGCGAGCGCGCGAGACGCACUCCGCGAGAGCGUCUCGCACGAUAUGCAAAACGCAU